GCGUCGGACCUCCUUUACUGGAACACCUGACGCAGACGUCACUCAAACACAAACGCAGUUCAGGAGGAAGUGAAGUGUUCGUCGGUUCUGUUCCAACCUGAGCUACUUUAUCCCUGCUUUGCUGUUCUCCUGGUAACACAAGGAUAGCUUUCGUUUCUCCGAGUUGUCAAAAUGGCGGCGGACGCGCCUCAGCUGAGUCUCAUGAGUCUCGAGGACGAGCUCACCUGCAGCAUCUGUCUGUCCCCCUUCAGCUGUCCCGUCACCAUCCCCUGUGGACACAACUUCUGCCGCGACUGUCUCCUCGCCUCCUGGGAGGACGUGUACUGCUGUCCUCAGUGUCGCUGUCACUUCCCCACCAAGCCUGAGCUGAAGAAGAACACCGUCCUCAGCACCGUGGUGGAGACCUUCACGCUCAGGUCCAGCAAGAGUGAGGCGGAGGAGGAGAAGGAGGCUGAGGAGGAGGAGGAGGAGGAGGUGGAGACCGUCGUCCGCUGUGACACCUGCAUGAUGACGGAGGCGAGUCACACCUGUCUCACGUGCAUGGCCUCUUUCUGUGAGGAGCACCUGCGUCCUCACCGGGAGAACCCGGUGUUCCGUCUCCACCAGCUGAGCCAGCCCCUCAGUGACCUGUCUCACCGCAUCUGCUCAGAGCAUCACAAGCUGAUGGAGCUCUUCUGCAUCGGCCAUGUGCGGCCCAUCUGCAGCCUCUGCCUGCAGCAGGUGCACAAGGGCUGCUCCUUCACGACUCCUGAGGAGCAGAGGAUGCUCAAAGAGUCUGACCUGAAGAAUAAGCUGGAUUUGCUGGAUGGGAGGAUUGUUAAAAAUCAAUCUAUUGUAUGUCAAAUGAGCAGCAUGCAGGAUAAACUGAAGGACGACGCGGCCACAAAGAAGGAAGCGGUGGUGGCCGAGUAUCAGCUGUUGCGCGACAUGUUGAUCCAAGACGAGAACGCCGCGCUGAGCGCCGUGGAUCGAGAGAUGGACAGCGGUCAGAUCAAACUCGGGGUUCUCACCAAGAAGUUCACGGAGAACAUUAAUCACAUGAGCGCCGCUCAAGACCAGAUCAACGGUCUGCUCGCUCAGUCCUACACGCUCAAGUUCCUGCAGACUUCGUAUACCCUGCCGUCCGCCGUCAACUUUGACCCUUACACCCCUCGAGUCAACCUGGACUCCAAGAAGGUGCUGGCAAUCCAGGACUUUUGUGCUGCUUUUAAGGAGCAUCUGACUGAGGUGUUGCAACAGCCUGUGGAGGCCAGAGUGCAGCUGCUUAAGUCAGGUAAAAAAACAGCCUCGGGAUUUCCUCCUGUCAGUUUUGGAGCCUUCCAGACAUCAGAGCCAGGUCCAGAGACCAAGGCCGGCACGAAGAAGAAGAACCAGAGUAAGAGAAAGUCUGAUUCUGCUUUAAAAGAAGCAAAACCUAACGAAGCUGCUGAACAAUUGAAAAAACUAGCCGCUUCAAUGGAAAACCUGUGGGAGGAUCCUGUAAAAACCAAAGCCAAGGGGCGUCCUGCUGCACCGCAACCCAGCCAGAAACCAGAAACUUCAAAAAUUACUCCAAACAUCACGUGUCACGAGAAAAGAAGUGUACUUCUGAAUUUUGGCAGAGCUUUAAAUUUUGACCGAAAGACGGCCCACAAGCGCAUCUCGCUGACGGAGGAGUUUACGAAGGCGUCCGUGUUGGAGGAGCUCGAGAACUACCCCAACUGCCCUCAGCGCUUCAACGUGUGCUCGCAGGUGCUCACCUCGCAGGGCUUCUCCCGAGGGUGCCACUACUGGGAAGUGCGCCUGAGCUGCAACAACUUCAUCGGCCUCGGUUUGGCGCACAAAGCCAUCGACCGCGUCGGUCCCAACAGUCGCUUGGGCCGCAACGCGCAGUCCUGGUGCGUGGAGUGGUUUAACGUGAAGCUGUCGGCGUGGCACAACAGCGUGGAGACCGUUCUGGUCAAUCCCAGUCCGAAGCGCGUCGGCGUGCUGCUGGACUGCGACGCGGGCAGAGCUACGUUCUAUAACGUGGCAGAUCGAGCGUAUCCCUUCCACACCUUUGUGCUGCCCGUGUCUGAAGCAGUGUUUCCAGCUUUCUGGAUGUUCUCCAGCGGUUCGUCCAUCUCUCUGUGUAAGCUUCUGGCGUGAUUACUACAGGGGAACAUACAAAACAAUAGCUUGUAUAUAAAUGCUAUUACAGCCCACCAAAUUACCAAAACCCCCAGCCCUGUUGAACCACCAGUGUGUUAGAAUUGUCGAGUGGUGAGGUUGUAGUGGUGAGAUUGUAGAUUGCAGUCCUUGAAAAUGAUCUUGUUUUGUCCUCAUUCCCCAAACUGAAAUUUGUCGUAGAAAGUAGGAAAUAUUUGCACUUAAGAAGCUGUAACAUGGAGAACUUGGUGACUAAUUGAGUUAUAAUGAAUGAUUCAUGUUAUAGUAAUAUAAUCAUUUUGCAGCACUACAAAUCAGUUAAAUAAAACAGUUAAAAUGUCAUUUUAACUGUUUUAUGAUCACCUGAAAAGUAGGAACGGUGUUUAUUCAUGUCAUUCCCGCGUGGUCUGUGAUUUUGAUUGGUCGCGCUCGGGUAUUCAGUUGGUCGUGAUAUAAUCAACUUCACGGCCGGACCUUUAAAAGGGAACAAAUGCCGUUGAUCAUUUUGAGAAUGUUGUUGCACUGCGUGAGGGGUCAGGUCGGGAGUGAACAGCGAUCCAUGGCGAACGUCAGUAGCCGCUGUGGUUAUAGACGCCGGCCGUGGUUCACAGCUGCUGGGGUCUGUGGUCAUGUGACCUCAGAAAUGUAGCCGUCUGUUACUUCUGAGGUUUGGAGAAACUGUCAGUGUGACGCACGUCUGCUGCAUCCCAGCGUUCUGUGGUUCACUCGCUGCAUCCACCAGUUAUAGUGCUGGUUGACCAAAGACUGUUUGAUUUUAUUUAAGUGUUCUCUGGAGUCGGAUGAGGGAAAAGUUAAUGCUGGGUUUUUAAGACCCAGGUCUGUGAGGACAAGUGUUGGAUAUAUUGAGUCUGUCAGGUUUUGGGAUCUGUCGCUCCAUCUCUGUGGAUUUGAAGCGUGCGAGGAUCCUCUUGGCGGCUUGAAACCGGCACUGGCGGCGUUCGUUUUUGCCGGUGUAAGCAAACAUGAGUCAUGUGACGGUCUGCAGCUCCACAUCUCGUCACUAGAAAUGUAAACUGUGCAUGUGAAGGCCUACGCGGCCAGCGUAUGUACCAUCUGCUGCUGGAUUUGAUGGUAAAACAGUAGCAUGUAGGUUUUCCCCAGUAAUGCGAGCGUCUUUUUCUGUGGGACGAUCAUGUGAUUGGACAGAAACAGCUGAGGAUGUAAAAAAACCUGCACGAUGUGCUGAAGUGUCUCGUUUCCUUAUCUUGUUCUACUCUAUAGGCUCAUGCCCUCGUGUGCUCCACUCAUGAGAACAGACAUUGUGCACUCUGACUCUGGUCCGGCUCUGGUCCGACUCUGGUCUGACUCUGGUCCGGCUCUGGUCCGACUCUGGUCCGACUCUGGUCCGGCUCUGGUCCGACUGUGGUCUGAGGUUUUCUUUUUGUGUUUUGGUUGAAAGACUCUUCUUCUAAAUGAUAUAGGAUUGAUAAGCUGAUAUGACGCUGUACUGGUAUCGGUCCGAUAAGAUGAAUGUCUAAAAUCUGACCUGUGACCUGUAGAGGUCAAAUAUGUGCUGCACAGGUGGAGCAUUGUGUUUUUCACAUGGUGCUAAAAUGACAGUUAAAAUAAUGCAGUUGGCAAAUGUGUGUCAGGUUGAUUGAUCCGUGUUCGAUGCCAGUUUGGAGAAUGCCUUUCAUAGGUAUUUGUGUUAGAUUCUCAAACUUGUAUUUCGUGCCAGUGCUAAUGCAAAGACUACAUCGGACUGUUGUCGGUAUCAGUAAAUAUUUGUGUCGUAAUCGGACAUUGAAAAAGUGGUACAUAGCCGUCCCUGAUUGAUGAUUUGUAGCAAUGAUUCUUUUGGACGUCCCCCAUAGAGAAAUAAAGCCUUCAGAAUUAUCUGUUGGCUUCUUGUUCUGGGGGCAGGAAGGCAGUGAGAUGUACAGUGUCAGCGGGGGGGAAUUAUUUCACCCCGGCCUCACGUGAGUGACAUUUAAAAGGCGUCGCUGGAGUCCUUUCACCUGCUGCGGUGGUUUAGUCGGUGUUUGUACUCCGAUGUGAAACAGCGAACCGCGCCUUUGUCGGAGCGCAGAAGUCGGUCGACUCCUCACUGAUGUGAUAUGGUAGCAAAUGCUGUGACGGUGGUCUUCACACACGGGACAUCGCCUCAGGUGCAGUGUUUAAUGAAGCCACCGGGUGGCAGCAGCAGGGGGUUAGACGUCAAACACGUCCAUUAACCCUCGCUGUUGAGCAGCUGUUGUUGUUGUUGUUCGGGCAGGAAUCUCAUGAUAUGAAACAUUUUACGAUACAGGGGUGGAAACUGAGAUAUUACGAGUUUUGUAGUCGGUAAUCGGCGUAUUUGGGUAGUCGGAGAUACGUUUGAGUUUCCAGCUUCUCUACUGUAACUCAGUGACUCUGGGCCUCUGUGUCGUGAGGUUGUGAGAAAUGUUUUCAAAUCUGACCACAAAAAAAAAAUUGCAUUUGGAGACAGAAAUCCAUCCUCGGGACACUUUUAAAGGUCAGUUAUGUAGGAUUUAGCAACAUCUACUGGUGAAGUUGCACGUGGCAGCUGAAUAUCGCUCGCGUCGCCUACAAACAUCUAAGAGAAAGAUAAUAUCUCAGCUGUUUCUCCUUAUUUCUAACGAGAAUGUUUUUUGUUAUAUCUAGAGAUCGGCUCUUAUCUCAGUCGGAUUUAAUUGGUCCAUUGUUGCAGGAUGUUUACAUCCGAGGUGAAGCUGUAGAGCAGGGGCCCCUGGAGGGCCAGUCAGCGUCUUUGAUCAGGAGCCAACGUCCAAAAUCAGCUUUAAAUCAGAAAGAAAAUGUUGAUAUUGAACAAUACAUUUUUUAGUAAAUAAGUCAUUAUCAUUUGAUGUUAAGUGGUGGGCCACAUUAAAUUGAUUGGGGGGCCUUUAGUGGCCCACAGACCACGAGUUUGAGACCUCUGAGGUUCCUCCCGAGUUAUUGACAAACAGAUUUUUUUCCUGAUCGAUCAGCGAACAUGUUUGGAGUAUAAUUCCUUGCACUUUCAGACUACGUCUGCCUGCUUAAGCACGGGUUGAUAAAUCAUAAAUAAUGCAUGUGAUUUGAGUUUAUUAUGAACGACAGAAACGGGAAUAAUGAUGGUUUUGCUUCUAAGACUUAAUGUGUUAACACAUUCUUUUGUUAAUAAAUGUUUGUUUCUGGCUUA